AUCUCAGCUACUCAGCGACAUACACCACAAUGCUAUUCAAGUCCAAGAACGUACGCGCUACCUUGACCGGUCUCUCUUCGAAAGAGGGCCUUCUCCUGGACAUACCCUCGAAUGGCAGGCUCGUGGCUUGCUCGGGCGAUACUAUCCGGGGUGUCGUCCAGCUCGAAGAUCCGGGAAAGAUCGAAUCCUUGUCCAUCGAGUUCGCUGGGUACCAGUACGUAUCCGUCGAAGCCAUGUCCACCGGUUACAACACCACAGGGUUCAAUACUGUAACAGCGCUCGGCGGGGUAGACGCUCAAGUAGGAGCUGCCCGAGCCAGCGCGAAACCCGUCAACCAUCGGGUGGCUACCAAGCUCUUCAGCACUGUCCAGCAUAUCACCAAGGCUGAAGCUGGAAGUGCGGGAGGAGUGGUGAAUUUUGAUUUCGUCUUCCCCGACCAGGAUGAGAGGGGGACGAGGAUGCCGCCGUCUUUGCAACUAGAGUCUACUCGGUUCGCGGGAGGUUCUGUGGGAUACUGUCGAUAUCAGGUCACUGUGCUCGUCGAACGGAAGAGCAUGGGUCGGACGAAAUCCGAAUCCAUCAUUCUUCCGAUCCUCUACAUGCCAUUCAGCUUAUCAUCAUCUCCCCCUUCACUCGCACCCAUCUCCACCCUCCUCGCUCGGACGAAUCCCAAUGAAGUUGCCGACGUACCAGAGAAGUGGAAAUCCGAGAUCGUCAAGGAUGCUUGGGAGGUGACGGCCUCUGGAGGGAUAGGGGGUUUGUUCAAAAAGAAGUCUCGGGGCGAUGAAGCCACUGAGGGGGUUGUGAGAAUACAGUUCGCCACACCAAAUCUGGACUUGUGGCCCCCAAGCCGUCCUAUCCCCUAUCAUCUCCUCCUCACGUUCACCUCUCGCACGCCCUCUUCCAUCGACCUGACCCGAUCUGAGAUCUCUUUCGACCUGAAACAACGGAUCCAGACGAACAAACGUUCGGCGGGAGUCGCAAAAGCCUUCGAAGAGGUCAUCGAACCCUCUCGUUCGUCUGCGAUGGGAUCCGGCUCGGGGACGGGCGUGACUGUGGGUCCGAAAGGGUUCGGGUUCGAACUGACCAAGGAUGGGAUCUGGAGCGGGACCGAGGAAGACGGAGAUGGAUGGAGCAAGGUGAUGGUCCAGAUGGGGACUGUUCAGAUCAACGGUCUGCCGACCAUUUUCACCGACGUCACGAGCCUCGUUUAUCAACUCCGAAUGACCAUCAACCUGCCAAGCGAUUCCGCCUUUGCGGACAAGAAGAAGACUUUCGUCCUCGACCAACCCAUUCUCUCCUCCCCCAUCUACGAAGGACAUCCAGGACUACCUAGCGACGAAGAUCAAUCCCUCGAACGCCGGAAACUGUUGGAACAGAUGCUCAAGAUGGUAGGGAAGGACUAUUGGGAGGACGAGGAGGAUUUCGGAUGGUUCCGAGGGGAUCCGGUCGGCGGUCUGGGGAUGGCAGGGGAUUCUUAUAAGAAGCUAGCAAUUGAUACGACUUGAAAGUCGCCGCGGGGUUGAUCUGGACAGAGGAAAUUUGCCCUUGUUGUAACGUACACAUCGUCCGAGGUGACUAUCUAUACCCUUUCUUGUCUGUAAUCAAUCAUAAUAUCACCAACGAUACCAGUCGC